ACUUUCACCAUUUGUACUCAUCGGGCCGCUGUUGCCCAGUGUGUUGAGGUUUAGACUAGCUUUCAUAACACAUUCACCAAGACAUCGUUCUCACCAUAUUACUGUGGAGCCGUCAGAGACACAUCGCACUCGCUGGGGUUCACGUUUUUCUGUGGACACUUUAAAGUGGAAUUUUCUUUACCACGCCUUGGAUUAUGUUAAAUAUUUUUGAAUACUUUGUGUGUCUGACCGGAUUUACAUUUUAAACGACCAGAGUUCGGCGGCUUUCCAGUGACAGCGGAGACAAAAAAAAAAACAAUGAUACGGCAAGUACUGGUGAUCUCCGUCCUCUGCUUCGACUAUGUGAUCGGUCAUGUCAGCUACUCAAUUCCCGAGGAAAUGGCAAGAGGCUCCUUGGUCGGAAACAUUGUACAGGAUUUAGGUUUAGAUCUGAAACGUGUGAAGUCCGGAAAAGCUCGGCUUUACAUCGGCGACAGUGCUCAGUUCAUCGAGCUGAACAAAGAAAGAGGAGUUCUCCUCAUAAAAGAAAAAAUAGACCGCGAAGCCCUCUGCAGACAGACGACACCCUGCGCUUUACAUUUUCAAAUCACUUUGGAGAAUCCACUGGAGUUAUUCCCUGUAACAGUUGAAAUUACUGACAUUAAUGAUAAUGCUCCCGUUUUCCAAAAAGAGGAGAGGAUUUUUGAAAUAAGCGAAUCGGCAGCUGUCGGCUCAAAGUUUAUGCUAGAGAAAGCGAUUGAUCCUGAUAUUGGAAUAAAUGGUUUGCAGAGAUACACGCUUAAACCUAUAGAUAAUUUUAUUCUUAAAUCGCACCCUCAGUCUGACGGAAGCAAAAAGGUAGAGAUGAUUUUACAGAAGCCUCUAGAUCGCGAGAAACAAGAGCAUGUAUCUUUAAUUCUGACAGCGGAGGAUGGAGGAGAACCGCAAAUGACGGGGACGAUGCAGAUUCACGUUACAGUUCUAGAUGUAAACGACAACGCGCCAGUUUUUAGUCAAGCUGUCUACAAAGCAGCCAUCACUGAAAACUCAGAAAAGGGAACGCUCGUUAUUAGGGUGACUGCCUCUGAUGCGGACAGCGGACAAAAUGGAAACGUGACGUAUGUUGUAGGAAAUAGCAUGGACCCAGUCUCAAAAUUGUUCCGCAUUACUCGUAAUGGUGACGUCAUACUGGACGGACCAAUCGACUAUGAAAAAGAAAAAAUAUUUAACCUCGACAUAGAAGCGAUCGAUCAAGGUGGACUCUCUGAUUCGAGUAAAAUAAUAAUUGAUGUAAGUGAUGUGAACGACAAUAGCCCAACUAUUAAUAUGAUAUCCACGUCAGACUCAGUACCUGAAAGUUCAGCACUGAACACAGUCAUAGCUUUAAUGAGUGUUGAUGACCCAGACUCUGAAAAUAACGGUAAGGUUACCUGUGUUAUAAAUGAAAACGUGCAUUUUAAUAUUAAAUUUACGUCAAGUAAUUUCUACAGUUUAGUGACAGACGGUGAAUUAGACCGAGAAAGGGAUUCUGGGUAUGAUAUCACAGUGACCUGCUCUGAUGAAGGAGUUCCCUCCCUCUCCAGCAGCGUCACUCUUACAUUACAGAUCUCUGAUGUAAAUGACAACGCACCUGUAUUUGAGAGGAGCUCAUAUGAGGCCAACAUUGUAGAAAACAACACACCAGGUGUCUCUGUAUUCACAGUAAAAGCUACAGACGCUGACUGGAACCAGAAUGCUCGUGUUUCUUACAUUCUAGAGGAAUUCUCUAUCAACGGAGUGCCAGUGUCCUCAUAUGUAUCUGUUAGUGCUGAUAGUGGAGUCAUCCAUGCUGUUCGUUCUUUUGACUACGAGCAGAUCAAAGAUUUCCAGUUCAGUGUCAAAGCGCAAGAUGGAGGUUCUCCUCCUCUGAGCAGCAACGUCACUAUAAAAAUCCUGAUCCAGGACCAGAACGAUAAUCCACCCCAGGUUCUGUAUCCAGUCCAGACUGGUGGCUCCAUGGUGGCUGAAAUGGUUCCUCGUUCAGCAGAUGUGGGCUACCUGGUGACUAAAGUGGUGGCUGUGGAUGUGGACUCUGGACAGAAUGCCUGGCUCUCCUAUAAACUACAGAAAGCCACAGACAGAGCGCUGUUUGAAGUGGGCUUACAGAAUGGAGAAAUAAGAACUAUCCGUCAGGUGACUGAUAAAGAUGCUGUGAAACAAAGACUGACUGUCAUAGUGGAGGACAACGGGCAGCCCUCUCGUUCAGCUACAGUCAUUGUUAACGUGGCGGUGGCGGACAGCUUCCCUGAAGUGUUGUCGGAGUUCAGUGAAUUUCCACACGAUAAGGAAUACAAUGACAACCUGACUUUUUACUUAGUGUUGGCUCUGGCUGUGGUUUCCUUCCUCUUCAUCACGUGUUUAGUGGUUAUUAUAUCAGUGAAGAUCUAUAGAUGGAGACAGUCUCGCAUCCUGUAUCACUCCAGCCUCCCUGUGAUUCCAUAUUAUCCACCUCGUUACUCAGACACUAUGGGAACAGGAACUCUGCCACAUGUGUAUAAUUACGAGGUGUGCAGAACAACUGACUCCAGAAAAAGUGAAAUUAAGGUUGGCAGAACUGGUAGUCAAAACAUGUUGAUAAUGGACCCAAGUACUACAGGGACAAUGCAGCGGAUACAGAGUGAGAAGAACAUCCUGGAUGAACCUGACUCUCCUCUAGAGGUUAGAAUGCUCCAUACAUCUUAUAUUUACUAAACAAUAACUGUUUUU